AUGAGACCUCCAAGAGGACGUGGUGGCGGAGGAUUUAGGGCCGGCAGAGAGGGCGGCCGCGGCGGUCGGGGCUUCGGCCGUGGAGGUGGUCGCUUCCCUCCUCGUGAUGAAGGGCCUCCUCCCGAAGUAGUUGAGAUUUCUUCAUUUGUGCACGCAUGUGAAGGAGAUGCAGUGACUAAGCUAACAAAUGAGAAAAUCCCAUACUUUAAUGCACCCAUUUACCUUCAGAACAAGACCCAGAUUGGAAAAGUCGAUGAGAUUUUUGGUCCCAUUAAUGAAUCUUAUUUUUCCAUAAAGAUGAUGGAGGGAAUAAUUGCGACUUCAUAUUCAUCUGGAGAUAAGUUCUACAUUGACCCAGCUAAGCUUUUGCCACUGGCCAGAUUUCUUCCGCAGCCCAAGGGACAGCAGCAAGCUUCUAGAGGUGGAGGACGUGGUGGAGGAAGAGGUGGGGGAAGAGGCGGUUUCCGUGGUGGUGGUGGUGGUUUCCGUGGAAGGGGUGCUCCUCGUGGUGGUAGAGGACCUCCUAGAGGUGGUCGUGGAGGCAGUUUUAGGGGUAGAGGGAGAUUUUAGAAGCAACUGUAGUAUUGUAUUCAAUUUUAGAUAUAGUGCUGCGAUGUUGUUGAAUCAAUUGGGUGGGAGGAUGUCGCUACAAUUCUGUUCGUGGAAUUGGCUCGUUUUCAUUUCCACUGAACUGGAACCAUUUGAGUGUUUUUUGCCCAUUGAGCACCCAUCAUGAUCAACAGCAGUAUUAGUUAAAUGCAUUCUACUGUAAUCUGAGAUCCUUAUGCUUGAAGUUGGUUUAUUUUAUGCUGGUGAUUUUGGUACAUAUCUUGUAUUGGUAGCCCAACUCUUUUUUUUUUCUUUUCUUUUUUCUGAAGCAUAACUCAUUCAUUAUGUGGACGAUUGCAAUAGAUCUCGGAAGUUUGACCUUGGCUUA